AUGGUUUUUAGCAGCCAUUUGUUAUUCGUGCCGAAGUCUUCGAAAAGUUGUGUAUCAAAAUGUUACGGUCAGCUUCUGGUGCCUUUAUAAAUGUUGUCAGGAAAUCCCUAGUCCCAGCAUCUAGGGUUUCUUCCGUCAUUCCUGCCAGGUGGUCACAUGAUGGUCCAGUUGAAUCCGACGAAGAAUUUGAUGCCAGAUAUGAAGCUUUCUUCAACAGAAAAGACAUUGACGGAUGGGAAGUCCGUAAGGGCAUGAAUGACCUCUGUGGUAUGGAUCUUGUACCUGACCCAAAAAUCAUCAAGGCAGCAAUGCAUGCCUGCAGGAGGGUUAAUGACUAUGCCCUCGCAAUUAGGUUCCUUGAAGCUUGCAAAGACAAGUGCGGUCCUAGAGUAGGAGAAAUCUACCCCUAUAUUAUCCAAGAAAUUAAGCCCACACUUACAGAACUUGGUAUUGAAACUCCAGAGGAAAUUGGCUACGACAAGCCUGAGUUAGCUUUAAAAAAUGUUUUUGACAUGUAAAGGCAUUGUGAUAAAAACUGAAGAUGUAGAAGAAUUUAUGUAAUAGUUAUGUUAUUGAUUUUAUUUAAAUAUGAGGAAAGUAUAAUUUGAGUAUACCAUUAGUUCCAUCUGAUUGUUUAAUAAAGGCUUGUCUAACAUGA